UCACAUGAAGAAGAGCAAGUCAAAAAAAAUCUGUUCACCUUACAACAUCUGAGAACAGCAGAGAGGCAUCAGGGACAGCUGGAGACAUGCAGAUGAGCCCAGUGAGCCGUGUGAAGAAAAUGAUGAUGAGGAUGAAGAUACACAACACCUUAGUCAGACAGUGUCUGGGAGAGAUCAUUGGCACCUUUGUUCUAUUGCUGUUCGGCUGUUCUGGAGCAGCUCAGGUGAAGACCGGCAAUGAGAUGAAGGGGCAGUAUCUGUCGGCUAACCUGAGCUUUGCUGUGGGGGUAAUGUCUGCCAUGUACCUCUCCAUGGGGGUGUCAGGUGCUCACUUGAACCCUGCAGUAUCUCUGAGCUUUUGUGUGUUGGGUGAUCUUCCCUGGCACUGCCUUCUGCCCUACUCCCUGUGUCAGGUGUUUGGUGCCUAUCUUGCCUCUGCAGUUGUUUACAUCAUGUACUAUGAUGCUAUAAUGAAAUACAGUGGUGGAGUUCUGACUGCUUACGGUCCGAAUGAAACUGCAUCAAUCUUUGCCACCUACCCCACACCGGGGACUUCCCUGACGACAAACAUCUUUGACCAGGUGGUUGGUACUGCUACACUUCUGUUGUGUAUCCUGCCUCUAAGUGAUAAAAGGAACAGACCUGCACCUGAUGCUUUGCUCCCACCCAUUGUAGCAGCUGUUGUUUUGGGAAUAGCCAUGUCCAUGUCGUCUAACUGUGGUGGAGCCAUAAAUCCCGCAAGGGAUCUUGGGCCACGGCUCUUCACUCUCACGGCAGGCUGGGGCACUGAAGUCUUCACGUGCUAUGAUUACUUCUUCUGGGUGCCGCUGCUGGCUCCUCUGUUGGGGGCUUUGCUGGGCUGCUUUUUCUACCAAGUCUUCAUUCAGUGGCAUCUCCCUGACCCUGAUACAGAAACAGCUGACUGCCAAUCUCAGAACACAGAAAUUAAUUUAAAAGCGGUUGCCUUGUAAUUAAAAAACAAAACAAAUCAUAACAUAUUUUUUUUCCAUUUAGCUUCCAGUUUUUGGUUAUCUUUCAGGAUUAUGAAACAGAUGUUUAUGGAGUGGUCCAAUGCAGGGCAUCCCACAUGCACAAACACCCACAUUUAUUCACAAGCAUGGCAACAUUUAUUCAUAUACAGUAUAGCACUAAAUUGGAAUAUGGAAUUGGUUUAUGGAAUUGGAUCCAUAAACAUCUGCAUAUUUAUCAAAAUUAUUACAUUGAUUAGGUGAUAAAUUACAGGACAUGUAAUGAGUGAAGCUAUUUCAAGCUGCACUGAAUAAGAUGUUGUAUGAUAUUUUAUAUGUAAUAUGUGGAACUGUUUGGCCACAAUACAACUUUAGCUGCGGUUAGUAUACUGGAAGCAACUUAAGUUACUGAAGUUCCACAAUUUUAUUGAAACCCCCUUUGUCCCUUUUUAGUCUCAACUUUGCUUUUCUACACAACCUACUGUAAAUUAUACCUUUAUUUAUCUUUUUGAAAUAUAUUUUAUCAUGUCUUCUAAGCUAAUAAAUGCAGCACUUUGUAGAAGCAGAAUAAGAAACUAACUUUUCCUUCAACCUAUGCUUUAUUAAAGAGAUUCACUACAGAGCCAACUGAACUUUGCAUUUUUAUUACUGAAGAGGUAUGCUUCAUUCAUUUUUAUAAAAUUUUAAUAAUUGAUUUAA